GGAACGAUACGGUAGCUGAUUUGCGCAGAUUCGAAAAAACAGAUGAACGACCUGAUCCGACCAUUCGAGUCGACUUGAUUCGACUUGGAUUCGACUUACGGCCGUUAGACGGUAUCAGCUCGUGGAAUGAUGCGUGAUGUGCGUGGAGGACGGAACGUCGUAGAACGAGAAGACUAACAAGAAUACUUCGAUUGUUGUAGAAUUUCGUUGUCAACGCAAAGAAUGCCAUGGAUUGCUGUUUCGCUGAUCAGUAUGACAAUUUGCAAAUCACGGAGACAUACUCGCAUGUUUCCAGUCCAGAGAUGUUCGAUAGUGACGCCGAGAAUGAUGUAAAUAAUCGAAACGACUGCCCGUUAUCUGAUGUCGACACAUUGUCAGCGACUAGCCCUCAGAAGCCCUCUCAAGCUGAGCUGGUUUCCAAAUCGGACAAUCACCUGCUGGCCAGAGUCAGCAAGUUCCUGAGUGGUGUGCCGCCUCCGCCCAAGCAUACGAUAUGUCAAAAUGACUGUUCCGACUUCCUGCAACUUAUUCAUGAAAACAGACGAUUUUUCUGGGUCAGAAGUCCAUUGCCGAGCAAGAGCUCGGGUGCCAAGGAGAGUGCAACAUCUCCGAAGCAGAUGGCAACGGCGGAAGCUGAUAGCAGGAGUAGUUCUUGUCAGAGAGGCGCUCCAAGAGACUUAACGGAUGCUUUCAACGCUUGCGAUUUGCCAGCCAAUGAUCUGGAUAGCGCGCAACUGGGCAUAGGUAGUAGUAAUAGUGAUAAUCUAAAUGCAAGACUCAGUGUUCCUAAGGAAACGAACAAGCUGACCAAUGUAACUAAAGAGACAAUAAGACCUCUAGCGACUAUGGAUUGUUUGAACGUUUCUGACGAACGAUCUCCACUUCUUUAUUAUUCACUCGGUGAGACUGAGGCGGCAGCUUUAAUUUGGCCCGAGGCGUAUUCUCACAAGUUUCAUGGCAUACAUUAUAAUCGAAGUAGAAGCAUAGAGGAAUUCGAGAACUUAUCAGUUAAGUUGUGCGAGAGAUACGUAGGAGCCGAAACACAGUCGACUUGUAAUAUAUGGUUCUCCAAACAACUGUCCGGAAGUACGAGAAAGCGGAAUUUACUGGCGAAGCGUGAGAUCGGCCAGAGUCCGGGAAAGAGACUGACUCACCUGGCUAAAAGGCGCAAGACCUUCUCCAGCGCUAACCUGCAGGGACUGAGCCUCACCGACAGGAGGCAGCUAAUAGUGCAAAUUAAGAAACCUAUGCAUAAAAAAGGGAAAAGUCCGCGGCAGGGCAAGAGCCCACGUGGCAAGAGUCCACGUGGUAAAAGUCCCAGGAGUUCGACGAAGAAGAAAGCGGCGCGGCGAUUGAUAAUGGACGGUUCGAGCCCGCGUAAGUCCAAGUUGGAGACGUCGAAGCGCGCGCUCUUUCAGAGCCCGCCCACGGACGCCGGGCCGAGCAAGUUGUUGAGCAGCGCAACCGGCAACAAGGAUACUCAAAAGAUCAAGCGCGUUCUGUUCUCGACGCCGAGGAAGGAGAGCGAGUUGGAGGACGCGAGACCGACGUCCUUGCGCGAGGAGAGCAGGAAGAGGAAGUGCGAGGAGGAGCUGGAGGGACCGCGGUUGAAGUGGCCGAAGAGCCUGUCCUUCGACUGCACGCACGAAUUGCAGAACACGUCGCGGACCGCAUGGGACCGACACUCGUCAAGCAGUAUUCUCUCGAAGAACGAAACGUCUUUCGGUCAGGGAAGAAACGAGCUCAGCGACACACACAGGAAGAAGUUACUUUGGGCGGUCGCGGAGGCUCUGCGAAGCAAAGGCAUUGGCAUGAAUCACCCGAAAUUCAAGCAAUACGCCGCGAUCCUGGCGCGCACGAUCAAACGAUUCAUGCCCGACCUCGAGAACAAGAAUAUCCCGCGGAAACCUGGCAGCACGACCGACCGCAUGCUGAAAUUGGCCAAGCACCACGUGCUGCUUCUUGUCGACGCUAGGUCGGUGGAUUGACAAUACUUGUCGGUAUAAAUUAUUGAAAUUGCAGAGGAUUUUACUCGCUACGGUAGGUUCGCUCCUCCAGCGAACGGAAUGUUAGUAAACUGACCAAAUAUGGGUGCUUGUAUCUUUAGCCGACGUGUGUUUACACUAUGACUUUUAUAUUUAAUUUAACAACUCGUAAAAAGAGAUAAGGUGGCGUUGUACCAUAGUAACAUUUAAGAUAUGGAAAAACGGUAUUGUAUGCUGUUACACCUGUCGCUUUUUAACAGGGUAUUAAACGUUUUUUAUCGCAUAAAUAAA